CAAUAGCUAGCGUACAUUGGCGCAUGAUGGCGGCGGCAACGAUGACCUCCACCGCCCUCGCCGCCCUACUCCUCUGCGCGGCGGCCUUCCUCGCUGCCCACGCCACCGACGGCCAUCAUCAGACGCCCGAAGGCGACGACCUGGUGGCGAAGGUGUGCGCGAACGUGACAAGCCGCGACCUCAUGUGCAAGCCGCAGGUCACCAGGGAGUUCUGCGACUCGGCGCUCCGGUCGGACAAGCGGAGCGCGGCGGCGAAGCACCCGCGCGACCUGGCGCUCGUCGCCAUCGACCUCUUCCAACGCGGCGCAGCGGACGCGGACGCCAAGGUCGACGGCGCGAUCCGCUCCGGCUCCGGUCGCCGCAAUUGGAUGGCGUUCGCCCUCCGCUACUGCCGGGUUGACUACGCCGACGUGGCCGGCACAGUCCCCGUGUGCCGCGCCAUAAUUCAGGAGUACAAGGACGGAGACGAGUCAGACGACCAGCUGCCCUCGCGGCGCCAGUUGGAUUGCGCGGACAGGAUGUCUGGCAUGGCCUUUGAUUGCGCGGCCAGGAUGCAUGACGGUGACGGUGACGGUGAGUUGUCAAAGGAGGUUAACGAGGCCUUCGGUCGGAGCUGCCUGGUCUCAGCCAUGGUAGAGAAGAUGCUCGGCGUCGGGGGCGACGAUGACCAGUAGGGCUAGCUAGCUUCUACUGUAAUUUGAUUAGGGUCCAGGGAGAUAUAU